UAAUUGGAUGUCUGCACAAUAUCAUUAAUUCCACAACUCCAGCAGAGCUCCAACUUUGACCUGCAGGAUGACAGUCAUGGCUGGGGAUAACAUGGAUGAGACCUCUGCUGUGCCAGGGCAUCCACAGGACACGUACCCCCCUGACCAAGACGAUCACGAAUGCUGCGAAAGGGUGGUCAUCAAUAUAGCGGGACUGCGCUUUGAGACCCAGCUCAAAACCCUCGCCCAGUUUCCAGAGACACUGUUAGGCAACCCAAAGAAAAGGAUGCGCUAUUUCGAUCCCUUGAGAAAUGAGUACUUCUUUGACAGAAAUCGGCCAAGUUUUGACGCCAUCCUCUACUAUUAUCAGUCCGGGGGAAGACUGAGGAGGCCGGCAAAUGUCCCAUUGGAUAUGUUCUCUGAAGAAAUUAAGUUCUAUGAUCUUGGGGUAGAGGCGAUGGAGAAAUUCCGUGAAGAUGAGGGCUUCAUUCGCGAGGAAGAACGGCCCUUACCAGAGCGUGAGUUUCAACGGCAAAUGUGGCUUCUAUUCGAGCAUCCCGAGAGCUCAGGGCCAGCUAGAGGAAUUGCUAUUGUGUCUGUUAUGGUAAUUUUAAUUUCCAUCGUCAUUUUCUGUUUGGAGACUUUACCUGAACUGAAAGGGGACCCUAUGGGACGGAUACAGACUAUUGGCAACACCACCUUCUACUUCAAACCAAACAUUUUGACCGACCCCUUCUUCAUUGUUGAGACCCUCUGUAUAAUCUGGUUCUCCUUUGAAUUGAUUGUGCGGUUCUUUGCGUGCCCGAGCAAAACGGCCUUCUUUAAGAAUAUGAUGAACACCAUUGAUAUUGUGGCCAUUAUCCCCUAUUUCAUCACACUGGGCACAGAGUUAGCUGAUGAAGCAGAUGGAAAGGAGGGCAAGGGGGAGCAGGCAACAUCACUGGCCAUCCUCAGGGUGAUUCGUCUGGUCAGGGUGUUUAGGAUCUUUAAGCUGUCCAGGCACUCCAAAGGCCUUCAGAUUUUGGGGCAGACCCUCAAAGCCAGUAUGCGUGAGCUUGGAUUGCUUAUUUUCUUCCUGUUCAUCGGUGUCAUAUUGUUCUCGAGUGCCGUGUAUUUUGCAGAAGCCGAUGAAGGAGAGUCCCACUUCACCAGCAUCCCAGAUGCAUUCUGGUGGGCUGUUGUGUCAAUGACUACCGUAGGCUAUGGGGACAUGGUACCGGUGACUAUAGGGGGCAAGAUUGUUGGUUCCUUGUGCGCUAUCGCCGGUGUGCUGACCAUUGCCUUACCUGUGCCUGUCAUUGUAUCCAACUUCAACUAUUUCUACCACAGAGAAACCGAGGGAGAGGAGCAAGCCCAACUCCUUAACGUGAGCAAUCAAAACCUAUCUGAUUCCAACUCCAGUCGUCGCAGCUCCUUGACUGUCAGUAAGUCUGAGUACAUGGAGAUAGACGGAGACAUAAACAACAGCAUCGACAACUUCAGAGAAGCCAACCUCAGAACUGGCAACUGCACUAUCACUAAUCAGAACUGUGUUAACAAAAGUAAGCUGCUAACAGAUGUCUAG